AUGCAAGUUCCUGUCAUCGAAAAACCGGAGGAGUGGAUGAGUAAAAUCAUUAAGCUUGAAGCUUUAUUCCGCUCUUGCGAAGGCAGCCAGCAAGUUGCUGAUCUUUUGAAAAAAGUAAAAAAGUUUCACUCUUCUAUCAAAUUGCAAGCGCCAGAGAACUUCAAGUAUCCAGGAAGACGCAAAGGCAGUAGCCGUCCUAAAUACUUGCCAAAGGGCUUUGGUCGCCCAAUGUGGAGAAAGACAAGUGUCUUGGCUGGAACUGCCGGGAUUAAGGCAAUGUACCGACGAAAGGUUACAAAUAUGGCUCAAAAGAGUUUGUCUGGCCUCAAGGUCACAACAAAACAAAACAAAAAUAUUAAAAAAAAAUCAAAAAAGAGCCUCUCGACUCAGGAGCCUCUAGACCCUGGGAUGUUGUCUUAUACGAAUAUGCUUUUUAGUCGAUACCCCCAAAAAAAUGGGUUCAAAAGACCUGCCACCGCUCUAGAAGAUUACCAGUAUGAUAAUCGCACCUCUGUUGGCAAGAGGGUUAAAUUCCAACCCGGUUUUCCUGUCUCUCAUGAGAUAGUUCAUGACGGUAAGGGUGGGUUUAACCCUACUGCUGAUGGGUGGUGUGGUUUUCGGGUCCUUGCCCAUUUGAUCGAUGAAGAUCAGGAAAAGUUCCCUCGUUGUGCCAGAAAUAAGAUUGAUGAUAACUUUGAUACUUACUGGAAUAAGUUCAAAGAAUUUAAUAAGCAUGACCGCAGAAAUGACAUGCUCUCUCUCCAUUCUGAUCUAGAUCAACUAAUUGAUCUUACUCCAAAAUAA